UCGAGAAACACACGCGUGGCGAAACGCCAGGUCUGAAGUCUGUACACUGUCAAAUGUCGAUAAACCUGUGAUUCAUGUAACAAAAAUUGUGAUAUUUAACUCAGACCGAACUUUUUAUUGAAAUAAAAUGGCUGUGAGUAUUCGUACCGACUGUGUGGGUAAGAUCAAAGUCGUGGAAGAAUUAAAAAGUCGACCGGCACUCGAGAUCUCGUGGUGCUCCUGGUGGUGCAGAAAUUGGAGAGCGAUACUCGGCGAACUGGUAGCAACCACAUUACUAAUAUUUCUUUGUUGUAUGACAUGUAUACCUAUUGAUGGGGUACCUUUAAUUACGCCCAUGUACAGCCCAAUAGGUUCUGGGCUAAUCGUUUUAUUCAUAGCUCAAUCUUUUGGACAUAUUUCUGGCGCUUUCAUGAACCCAUCCGUGACGUUACUUGCUGUUAUAUGGGGUAAGAUAUCCUUGCCUCUUGGAAUAGCGUAUGCCAUCGCUGAAUGCUUGGGCGCAACUAUAGGAUAUGGUAUGUUAAUGGUACUAUCACCAUCCGAUUUGAUCGCUGGUGGUAUAUGUACCACCCAACCGCACGCGGGACACACAGUAUACCAAGCGUUGGGAGUUGAAGUAGUGUUCACUGCCGCAUUGGGGUUUGUCAUUUGUUCUGUGUGGGAUCCGGUUAACGAAGAAAAAAAUGAAUGCACUUCCAUCAAGUUUGGCCUAAGCGUGUCUGGACUAGCAAUCGCUGGAGGCCCAUUAGCAGGAGCUAGUAUGAACCCGGCAAGAUCACUCGGACCAGCUAUAUGGACUGCUAGAUGGUCUUCACAUUGGAUUUACUGGGUCGGUCCUCUAUUCGGAGGGGCAGUGACUGUGACGCUAUACAAAUUGGUAUGGCUUAAGAGGGAACCGAUUACGCAGCCUCGAUUGCUCGCUUGGAAUGAUGACCGUGAAGCCUAG